GCUGACGUUCGUGUCAAAGGUUUUGGGAAGUGGAUGAGGUGCUUUUCCAUAAGUUAAUACAUAUUUCCAUCUAAUGCUAAGGCAAACGUGAUACACCUUAUCAUUUAAAAACAGUGCCGCAGAGUACGCUAGUUCAACACAAGCCGUCUGCAACCUCACAACAUUUCGUAGGUAAAUUCGCGUCGAACAGUGGUGAAAUGUUUCUGGUCGCCCUAACCGGUGGUAUCGCGUCAGGAAAGAGCACCGUAACGAAGAUAUUUCGGGACAACGGCGUUCCGGUGAUCGAUGCCGAUGCGAUCGCACGCCAAGUCGUUGAGCCGGGUCGACCAGCAUGGCAUAAAAUUAAGGCUACGUUUGGUGAGGAUAUCUUUCACGCUGGUACCGGUGAGCUAAACCGGGAAGCACUGGGACGCAUCAUAUUCGAUGACGUAGAGAAACGUAAAUUAUUGAACGAAAUUACGCAUCCCGAAAUUCAUCGAACCAUCUACAAGGAGGUGAUCAAGUGCUUCUUUCUAGGACAUAGUUUUGUAGUACUCGAUCUUCCGCUCUUGUUCGAAAUUCGAGUGAUGCUUAACUACAUACAUAAAAUCAUAACCGUAACAUGCGAGGAAGAUAUUCAAGUCACUAGGCUGAUGGACCGCAGCCAAUAUACAGAGGCAGAGGCAAAGAAGCGUAUCAAAGCACAGAUGUCACUAGAGUUAAAGUGCGAGCAAUCACAUUUUGUCAUCGAAAACUCAGGUACCCUGAAGGAUACGGAAGAGCAAACGUUAAAAAUCCUUGCUGUUUUACAAGACAGUAACCAGCACUGGAAAAUACGUGGCGUUCUGUUUGCUACGGCAGCCUUGCUCUUUUCCAGCAUCGCUUUGUUGCUGAACUAUAAGUAUAAGUGGUUCAACUCAAACUAAUUACCCAGUGGAUCCAUUUACGAUUUCGGUCGUAAACUCAGCCUUUCUCCUAAUGGCAUUCUUUUUCAUUAAAUGUGUGCCCACCAAAUUCGUUAUUGUUGUGUCCUGUUAUCUACCGAUGCAGAGUUUUACUUUUAUCAGACAUCACUUUCCAACGGUUCUCAGUGCGUGUAUAUAAUUGAUCGCCUCCAGAUGUAUAGAAAUGUAACAAAUUCAAUAGAGUAAUAGGUAUGCACGUGGCUUCCCUAAGCAGAUAAACAGACAUUUAAGGGCAUUUGCUAAUCAAAUAGUGAUGAACUGAAAUCUAUUGUGUUCGUGUGCGCGGGUACAGGUGGUGUGAUGUUUCUGCGUGUGUAAUGCAAGCUUUAUAAGCACGUUUUUCCUAUGUAUCGUUCUGACGAUAAUAACAAAUAUAGAAUGGAAGAA